ACCAUGAAGCACAACAACCAAUUGCCCGGAAACCACUUCCGCAAGGACUGGCAGUCGCGCGUCAAGACCUGGUUGGACCAGGCUGGUCGCAAGAAGUCCAGACGUAUUGCGCGUGUCCAGAAGGCCGCCCGCAUUGCUCCUCGCCCUGUUGAUGGCUUGAUCCGCCCCGCCGUUCGCUGCCCUACCAUCAAGUACAACACCAAGCUCCGUGCUGGUCGUGGCUUCACCCUUGAGGAGCUCAAGGCUGCUGGCAUCCGCCGCAAGGAGGCCCUCUCGAUCGGUGUCUCGGUCGAUGCCCGCCGCCGCAACAAGUCUGAGGAGUCCCUUCAGCUCAACGUUCAGCGCCUCAAGGCCUACAAGGCCAAGUUGAUCGUCUUCCCCCGCAAGGCCGGUAAGAUCAAGAAGGGUGAUGCUGAGGUCUCUGAGCUCUCGAGCGCCACCCAGUUGUCUGGCGAUCUUUUCCCCGUUACCCAGAUCUGGGGCAAGGACAAGGCCCGCAAGAUCACCGAGGAGGAGAAGAGCCGCUCUGCUUACGAGCAGCACCGCAAGGCCCGCUCCGUUGCCCGCCUUCACGGUAUCCGUGAGGCCCGUCGCAAGGCCAAGGAGGAGGAGGAGGCCAACAAGAAGAAGUAAAGAUCUUUAUAGUCCUUCUGCCUUCUUGCGUCUUGUCUCUGUCUCCCUUUUCAAUAAAGCAGUCGCCCACAACUGUUGCCAGUGCUCUGGUCAAAAAAUUAUGUAACCCUGGCGAACAGAAAUGAAGAAGUUGUAAUAUUGACAUUGACAA